AUGCCCGAAUCGAACAAAUGGAUCACACCAGGAAUUCUACGCAAAUUCCAGCCAUAUCGGCGCGUUUUCCUACUUAUUGCCGUAGUUUCGAUAUUCUUCUCCGUUCUCAUAAUUGUUGAAAAUAUAAUAUUCUUUGCUGUCAAUACGCAUCAACACCUUCUAAUUCUACUGCUGCCUUAUCUGCUCAGCUGGUUACUCGUUAUACUGGGCUGCUUGUUUGCUAGAAUAGCCUAUAUUCUUUAUAAAUCUCGCAUUAAACAAUUCACUGCUGUUCGAGCCCAUUCUCCGACAGCUUGGACAGUUGAUAGUCGUCCCGUGUCUCCAUCUAUUGCUUCCCCCGCAACUGAAUCCGCGUUAUCCCUUUCUUAUAAUAGCGUUUUACUUCGUCAAUCUUUGACAUUGCCUUCUUCGCCCUUCUUCAUAUCAGACGGCUUGUUCAGGUAUCAAGACGAGCCACCCUCAUAUGAAGAUGUAGUACAGAUGAGAGCCUCACCGCAACCUCCGAGAAGCACAACGCCAGUGGCGUGA